AUGAGCCUCAAGUCAGAUAUCAUCAGUUGCAUGGUCGUCACAUGGCUGGCGGCUUUGCUGGCUCUGAUAGCACGCAUCUUUGCUCGACGCAUGACAAAGGUUGCUUGGUGGUAUGAUGACUACUUGUGCGUGGGUGCCUUUAUCGUUGGCAUUGGGUACAAUGUUGUGAUGAUAUACUGGGCCGAGACAUGGUACCUUGGCACAACCAUACCCGACACCGUUAGCAAAGCAGAAUUCGAAAACAUCAACCUCAACGCACGACUGAUGCAGUUCCUUAUUUCCCUCACCUACUCAUACUCGAUCGGCUUAUCCAAACUAUCCAUUCUCCUCUUCUACUGGCGCAUCUUCAAGCUAUCAGCCAUCCGAAUCCCUAUCCAGGUUAUGCUUGUCAUCAGCGUUGCCUGGCUCAUACUUCGCACAUUCAUGGUUAUAUUCCACUGCAUCCCUGUCCAGGCCUACUGGGACAAGUCUAUCGAGGGUGCCGUGUGCAAGAUCAACGACUCGCAAUUCUUCUUCGGCACCUGUCUCACUCAUUUCAUCCUUGAUGUUGUCAUUUUGGUCCUGCCUGUUAUCGAAGUAUUCAAGCUUCGACUUCGCCUUGGGCAGAAGAUUGCUAUCACUGCCCUCUUCGUUGUUGGUUUUGUUGUCUGCCUUGCCUCGGUAUUUGUCAUCGUCACAGCUCUGCAAUAUGAUCCUCAGUCUAAGCAAAUGCCACGGGAUGUUGCAACCAACGACAUGUGGGGAGGCGUCGAGAUCAACAUCGCCAUCGUAUCCGGGUGUUUCCCUCUCCUGCGCCCAAUCUUCACCAAGAUCCUGCCCAAGAGAUUCCUCAGCUCUGCCGGCAGCAGUCACCCCAUCAGCCGAACCACACACGGCAUCCGCCUCACCACUAUCAAGGGGACAAUCAAGGACAAAGAGGCCGACGACAGCAGCUCCACGCACCAAUUGGCAGAUCCAGAGCAAGGAAUCCCAGGAGAUUUCGAGAUUGUUGAUGGCAAGGAGGGACCUCGCACAUACAUUUCUAGUCGGACGACAGAGUCACUUCACUCGGGAGAGCAAGAUAUCGCAGGAAUCUACGUCCGCAACGAUGUUGUUCAAGAAGUUGAGGAGUCGAAUCACACUUACGCCAUGAAGCGAUAG